AUGUCUACUGAAGGAGUCGACCCCCGAUUAUCCAGGCUAAAUGAUCAAUCGCAUAAACCAGGAUAUCAAACCGUUACUCGUGACUCUAGCUCAAGUACAGUCUGUAAUCUUACAGUAUCACCUAAUCACCUUAAUCGUCUUACACUGCCAAAACUUCAAAGAUCAUUCCAUGAAAAUUCAACUACAACUACAGGUAUUAAGAAAUCAAAAUUUGAAAAGAAAAAACCAAAACCUCUUCACAUUUCAGCUAAUCAAUAUUUAAAGCCAACGAAUGGUGUUGAUUAUUUGCGCUAUUAUCGCCGAGCGAGUCAACAGUUAAAUAAUCAGUAUUCUAUAGAAUUCUUGGAAGAUAAUUAUGAACCACCAGCAUCGGAAAAUUAUUUUAGUUGUAAAGAUACAAUUAUUGUUUCAGGGAUCGUAUUAUUACUUAUGUUCUAUAUUGGUUUAGGAAUUAUUGGAACCUUCACUUUGGUUGCCAAUGACUGCCCUAUCAGUAUUUAUAUACCAAUCUAUUUAUUAGUUGCAUUUUUUACAUCUAUUGCUUAUCUUGUUAUUUAUACUUUUAUGUCACUAUAUUACCUCAAUCGAUUUCUGCGUCAUAUUAAACGCCCCUCUGAAGUUGAUUUAUGA